AUGCCAGACGCCAUCACCCCUGUUCCCCCAACGGACGUCGAGCUGGCCGCGAUCCAGAGCAAUGCCAGCAAAGACAGCGACCGGUUCCUAGUCGUCUUUGCAGAGCCGUAUGACACUGACAACCCCAAAGACUGGCCCACCGGGCGCAAAUGGGCUGUCACCGAUGUCCUCGCAACCACUGGCUUCAACCGCAUCAUGGUCUCCACCAUCGUAGCGCCCGCACUGUCAACGAUGGCAGCAGAGCUCGAUAUGAACUCCGCUGAGUCCGCCAUGGCCCUCUCGAUCUACCUGCUGGCGACCGCGAUCGGGCCGCUAUUUAUCGGGCCCUUGUCUGAGGUCUACGGCCGGAAACACAUCCUUCACGCGUCCAAUAUCUGGUUUUUGGUCUGGAAUCUGGUCUGUGGGUUUGCAAACACCAAGCAGGUGUUGAUCGCAUCUCGCUUUCUUGCUGGCUUCGGGGCUAGUGCUAUUUAUGCUCUCGCGUCUGGUGUUCUGUCGGACGUCUGGCGACCUGAGCAGCGCGGCCGCUCUCUCGGUGUUUACCUGCUUAUUCCCUUGCUCGGCGCCGCUGUUGGCCCCAUAAUCGGCGGCUUCAUGGCUGGUCGUACCACCUGGCGCUGGAUAUUCUGGUCUACGUCUGUCUUCCAGGCCGUGAUGAUCCUGGUUUCGUUCAGCGUGUUCCGUGAAACGUACGGGCCGCUGAUUCUCAGGUCUCGAGCUGAGCGACUUCGCCGCGAGACCGGUGAAAGGCGCUAUCAGACUCUAGACGAGCGCCUCCAUGGAGACAAAUCCCCCUGGGCGGUUCUUGGACGAGCGUUGAUACGGCCCCUCCGUCUGCUCGUAUUCCAUCCCAUCGUCCAGAUUUCCUCGGUCAUUGCGGCGUUUGACUACGGCAUCCUCUACAUCGUCAUGUCGACCUUCUCGCAGCUCUGGACCCGACACUACGGCCAACCAGUCCAACUCAGUGGACUGCAUUACAUGGCCUGUGCGCUUGGUGAAGUCGUAGGUUCUCAGAUCACCUCGCGGCUAAUGGACGGUCUAUAUCGCCGCUGGACCGUUCGCUGGCAGCGCCCCCAUACCCCAGAAGCGCGACUACCCACAAUUCUAUUCGGUGCAGUCCUCGGCCCCCUCGGUCUGUUCAUGUACGGCUGGGUAUCGCAAUACCGUCUGCACUGGGCCAUUGUCGAUCUUGGCAUAGCAAUAACCAUGCUGGGUAUGCAGAGCAACGCGAUGCCCCUGCAGGCGUAUGUGAUGGAGUCUUACCCAGACCAUACUAGUAGUGCGUCCGCAGCCACCCAGUUCUUGCGCAGUCUUACGGCAUUCCUGUUUCCGCUUUUUGCGCCGCGCAUGUAUCAUGUUCUGGGGUAUGGCUGGGCGAAUAGUGCCCUGGCUUUUGGGGGCCUUAUCCUCGGGGUGCCGGCGCCGUUUGUGCUGUGGUUCUUUGGGGCGAGACUCAGGGCACGGGCGCAGUCUAGCUACUAG